AUGGCCACUAUGAUUGCAGAGGCGUCGCCCUCUGCCCUUUUCGACUGGGCCAAAGGCUUUUGGGAACUGCAGCCCCUGCAAGGGAUUGAAGAGCCCAAUCUCGUGGACCUUGGCAUCUGGACGACCUUCUGGGCUGCCCUCUACGGAUGCCUCUGCUUGCUCAUGCCCAAGGAAUGCCCAGACUGGGUCAUUCGCAUCCAUUCCAACCUACACUGUGCUGUGAUCUUGUUGCUGGCCGGUAGAUGUAUCUUUGUGGUGGAUGAGCGCCAUCCUUUGUCGGCAGCUCGCCUGAAUGAGGCCAAUACGCCCUUGCAGAACUUGACCAUGGUCAUUUCUGCCGGCUAUUUCCUCUUUGACCUCGUGUGGUGCUUGGUGUAUAUGGGCAAGGACUAUACGAUGCUGGGCCAUCACGUGUCUUCAGCGGCGGGCUUGGUGGCAAGCUUGCUUUUGGGCAAGUCUGGCUACGAGGCCGUGGCCGUGCUGGCUGGGGCUGAGAUCACCAAUCCAUUUCUUUCCGUGCGCUGGUUCCUGCGGCAUCUCAAAGCCUACGACACUCCUUUUGCUUGUCUCAAUGACACAGUUUUUGCUUUGACUUUUGCCUUUGUGCGCGUCAUGGCCUACCAUUAUUUUAUCACGGGCAUUGACGCACACCUUGUUAUGAAGCUGGGUGGGCUCUUUCUCUAUUUGCUCAGCGUAGUCUGGUGUGUGCUCAUCUUCCAAGUGUAUGCGCGACGCUACAUCUUAAAGACCGCUCGCCGACGACAGCCGCAACUCAAAGCAGAGUAG